CAUAUACCCUCCGCCAAAAAUCCUCACAACUAAACAACCAACCAACAUGUUGUUCAACUUCUUCAAGUCCAACAAGGAGGAAUCCACUGCCACCCAACAACCCGCCUGGGAUCCCAACACUAUGACCAUGCAGCAGCCCUCCAGCCCUGAGGCUCCUUCCACCGAGCGCGUCGUCACUCAGCAGCCUAACACCCAAGAAGAAAUGAAAAUGAACCUGCGUGGAGGUGGUGCCGGUGAUGUUUGCUGCGGAGUUUGCGCCGGUCUUCUCUGCUUCGAGUGCUGUGAAGAGUGCUGCUAGAUACCCAACCACAAUACUACGUAUCUUGAUUAGCCCACCGUUUGCAUAUAAUCGCUACAAGGAGGGCGGAAGUUGGACAGCUGUAUGAGAUAUGAAGAUGAGAUGAGAUGAGAGAUACCCCAAUCUGGAUGCUGGAUCUGGAAUGAUCUGGAUAACUGGUUGGGUUGAUGAUUCGAUGGAUGGAUGGAUGGACAGACGGAUUGAUGGUGUUUUGAUUCCCAUUGGCUGGUUGCCCGAUCGCUUAUACCCGGUGUAUCUACAUGAUUUGACUUUGGUUUUAGUUUGAUAUGAAUGGUUAAGAUGAUUAUUGUGUCUAUGGAUUGUGCUUUGUAGU